AAUAAUUAUUUUUAGACAGUGGGAUUUGGAACACAUUAUUAUUAUGGUAAGGUAAUCAUAUUAAAACCAAAAAAUUAACAUGUUAAAUUUCGGUAAAGAUACCCUUUAAGGUAUUUAGUUUAGAAUUCCCAACUUAAAUUUGCAAUAAUAAAUUUAAUUAGUGGGCAUACCAACUAGAAUUACAUUAUAACAAAUGAAUGUUACCCUUCAUAUACACAUAUCUCUUCUCCAUCAUAGUUGAUCUCCUUGACUCUUGUAGUAUGGAGUGAUUCCACUGAGACCUUGAAACCAGCAUUACCAUUGGACGCCAUGUGAUGUGUGACUUGUGGGCGGAUUAAGACAAAUUAAUAUUGCGGGGGUGUUGGCAACAAAGGUCACGCAAACAAGGGCGGGGCUCAUAGACAAGCAAAAGAAGAGGCUCUGAAGAGGCAGCAGUACAAGAAGAUACAUUUGAAGCAACAGCAAAUACAGCUUAAGUAAUAAUGGCAGAAAAUACCAGUCCAGCUACCACUAUGACUUGUGAGGUUUGUUCAGAGUAUUAUACUGACCCCCUCAUGCUUCCCUGUCUUCACUCAUUCUGUAAGAAGUGUCUAAUAAAAGCUAAAGAGAAGCAAGGUAGUGCUGAUACCUCAUUAAAGUGCCCAACGUGUGACACUAGCGUUAAUUUACCUGAUAAUGAAAUUGAAGGCCUCACUCAAAACCUUUGGUUUGAACAUAAAUCAAAAGAGGCUUCAAUCAAAAAAAAGAUUGUCAGCAAGGAAGCAGCAUCAUGUGAUAAAUGUAGGGUUGAUGAUUCCAGUGAUGCAGCUGUUGUGUAUUGCUGUGAUUGCAGCCAGUUUCUGUGCGACCAUUGUAAGAAAGGUCAUAAGCGAAAACCAAAAAAAGCCAAUCACAAGCUAAUCAAUUUAGAAACAAAGGAAUCCAUUGAAUUGCCUACUGUUAAACAUGAAGCAGUUUACUGUGCACGACAUUUAGACCAAAAGCUGACAUACUUUUGCAACGAUUGCAAUACAUUAGUUUGUCAAAUUUGUCUUAAUGUGAAGCAUAAAAGUCACAAUUACAAUGAUUACCUUGAUGAAGGUGAAGCAGCACGUAAAGCAUUAAAGGAAAGUGUUGCUAGUUGUGAUCGAGUCAUUCCUCCAGUCACUGAAGCUAUUGCUAAUGGAGAGAAGAUGCUAGAGCAGAUAGCAACACGUAAAGAAGAAGUAAGGCAGGAAAUCAAGGAAAUGUUUGAAGAGCUUAAAGCUGCUUUAGAUAAGAGAUGCAAUGAUCUACUAAGGCCACGCCAAUGAGAUUCCUUGUUUCUCAUUACCCGCCCGCAUUGCCGCCUCUAAUUUUUAAUAUUGUUAAUAUGCCAUAGACUUCCAGGGCGCAUGCGCAGACUCUGUUUUGUGGUGUUUCUGUGCGCCAUUUUUCUAUAAUUUCAUGAUAUUUCUCCUGUUUCUUGCCUUAUUGCAACUUGAGAGUCUCUGUUUGCGGAGUGUUUGUCGACCAAAUAGCGCUAGCAAGAGUGCAAACUCAUACUCAUUUCAGCCCGCGUCUUCUCUUCAGUCCUCGAGAUAUUCCUUAAGUACAGUGUUUUCAAGGCUAGUCUAUUGUGACUCUGCAUGUUUUGUUGCAAGAGCUCGCUCUCCUCACUGAAUUGAUGUUUGACACUAAUAUUGUGCAUUUUGAUAUUGUUUUUUGCAAGAGCUCAUUCUCUUUUCAGUUACCUUGGUUACUUAUAUUAUCGUGGUUAGUGAUUUUAAUUAGGUACAGUAAUAAUUAUCUCUUUCUCCCCUCACUCAGGCUCAGUCUCUCCUCUUCCUUUCUCAAAGAUUGCAGAUAUACUUGUACUAACUUUAAUGAUUUUUGGUCAGUGCAUUGUACUAUCGAGUUCA